AUGGCGUAUCGUCCGGAGAGCGUCGAGGACUGGUUCCACUUCGUGCCGACUUUGCUGGAGAAUGAGGGUUGGCAGAUUGCCUGCGAAUGCCCCGCUGGCAGGUUGCUGCACCGACAGAGUCCGUGGGGUGGGCAUCUCAUAAGGUUCUCAUUGAGGGACAUCCUCGUCCACGAGCCGCCUGCGGACCCCUCGUACCUCUUCCUUCGACCAGAAGCCCGCGACUGGGCAAGGCGCAGCUACCCAGAACUCAUUGAGGAGUCGUUCGAAGUGGUGCAGCAAUUGGCCCCUGGCGAUGCCGUGGUGAAGCGGGAAGUGGCGUGGAGGUUUAAUCGGCAGUGCAACCUAUUCUUCUGCUCGCUCAGUGGAGCCGUCAACACCAAGAACUGGUUCCAGCCAACUUCGGAGAGGACCGGCCAAGUGCGCCACAUGGCUCGGAGAAACUAUCCGCAACAGGGUGACAGCGUCAUGCUAGUGCAGAGUCUCUCGGCGCUCCUCGAAGCUGUCGUCGUCGGGCGCCCGCAGCGUCCAAACACCUUUGCACUAGACAUGGUCCUGAAAGUGCGCUCAGUCCUACCACUGUGGGCAUCUAUGCACUUCGAGAAGCUGCUUGUGUCAGCAAGGGACCUUAUGGAGUGGUUCGUGAACCGACCCGGCAUCACUGAAAUGCGCCAGAUGGACCAGCAGUACUACGUCAUCCUGACCAUUCAAAGCUGGCGACGGGGCCGACCCCUCCUUCCGGCGACAGCGGCAGAAGUGGCAGCCGAGGAGGAUGUGACCACAAUUGAUGCCGGUAAGCGAGAAGGGCUCACAUCCUGGGUCCGAUAUCAUCCUACCAUGGUUGGUAGCAGUAGCUUCCUGCUUUCGCAGUAUCUCUCCGUGUUCUUGACGAGGAUCGGAGAGCAGGCAAGCUUCUACCAGUCACUCGACGGGCAGGAGCUGCUCCCGUACCAGUGUGCCAUUCAACGGGCAGAUUGGGAUCGAGUGCGAGGACGGUUUCAGUGCGCCUAUGCUCUGCAAAAGUCGGCAUACCGUCGCGCACGGGGCGGAGCCACGGCUCCAAGUGUGCAAGACUCCUUGGGCCCCCGGUUUCGAGAUGACCGUAGUCUUGACGCCUUGCAGCAACGACUGACAGAGGCGACCGACGUGAAGACAGUGGUGCGCAAGACCUUCAUCGAUGUGGAGGAGCCUUCCGAGCUCGAAAGUCAAACUUGUCAGCAAAGAUGCAGGACGCUCUCGCCUGUGAGCCACUUGUGUGGCCAGGACUUUGUUGAUGUUCGCUAG